AACUGACUGGUGUAUCCGCCAUCACACUCAGGCUCCGAUCCGCUGUUCGCUCAGUUUGGUGUUUGGUCUUCGCUACAUUGGUGUGUUUCAUCUUCCCUUUCGUUUGAGGUUGGUAUACAUACCUUCCUACCUACAUUCAUACCACAUUCGCUGCACGACACACCCUGUUGUGGUGAGACCAGACCAGACCAGACCAACUUCUUCAAAGAAAUCCCACCUCGAAGGAACCUCCUACAAAAUGGUCGGAUUUACCACCCUCGCCCUCUCCGCCCUCCUCUCCUCCCUCGCAACCUCCUCUCCCAUCUCCUCCCCCUCCUCCCUCCUCCCCACCAAACGCCAAAUCACCUGCGUCCCCUCCAGCGGCCUCUACAUCCUCGUGGCGCGCGGCUCCAACCAACCCGAAGGCGAAGGCAGCGUCGGGCCCGUAGCAAACCUGAUCGAAGCUCAAUUAGCCGGUUCCUACAGCCACGCCAUCGACUACCCGGCCACUAUCAUCAGUUGGGAAUCGAACUAUUUCAGUUCGGUGGAAGAUGGUAUUGAGGAUACGAAGAAGAGUAUUCAGGAAUAUGUGGCGGCGUGUGGAGAGGAUGCCAGGAUUGCGUUGAUUGGAUAUAGUCAGGGGGGUAAUGUUAUGACGGAUACACUUGCUGGGGGUACCGGGAAGCCGGAGCCGAUUGCGGAGAGUUAUAGGAAGAAUAUCGUCGGAGUGGCAGUAUUCGCCGAUCCAAGAUUCAACGCCGGAAAAGCGUACAGUCGGGGAACGUCGACGGAAGAUGGCAUUUUCGGUCGGGACAGCAGUGCUGCUGCAUUGGACACCUGGGCGGACGUGUUGGUGUCAUACUGUGAUGCGGAUGAUUUGUUCUGCGCGAGUGGCGGUAGCUUGGAUGUGCAUUAUGCCGCAGUGGAGAAAUACUCUCAGCAAGCCGCCGAUUUCAUUAUUGGAUUGGCCAUGUAGGUAGGUACACCUGCAUGUAUUUACAAACCUGAUAUAAAGAGGUACAGUCAGG